UAGCUGAUUGACUGUGCGCUGAACGAACGAACGAACAACGAGCCUGCCUGCCUGCCUGCUCCUGAUCCCGCUCGCCGCUGGCUCUCGGCCCGACCAACCAACACUGGCUGCUCUGGCUAGCGGCUGGUUUUAGCGUGUCUGUGUUGUGGAAGGAAGGAAGAAUCUGCUGUUACGGGAGUAGCAGCUGCAAGCAGCCUGCAGACGAAGCAGCAUAGGAACCAACGAAACGAGCACAAUCAGGUAUCAAGCACUGAAUUUUGUGUCCGAAGAAUACGGAGACAACAGGCUGAAGGAGAAGUCGCUAGCGUCGCUGGUUUACUAGCGUUACGCUGCGCUGUGUCGUUUGCUUGACGCCAUGAAAACGCGUUGUGGAAAAACAAGCGAAUUGUAUUUUGAGAGAAUCAGGGAGCGGAAAUCACCCCUGCGGCGACAUUAAGGAUAAGAAAAAAAUCCUCAAAUUGAGGCCGACAGAAGGUUAAUAAUCGCAGUGCUACUACCGUGUGUGCGUGCUAUUAAUCUAGAAAUAAAAAAAAAAUAAUAAUCAUACAGAGGUGAAUUGCAAUUGAGUGCGAGUGGAUUCAUGAGUAUCGCUCAUUCCCAGCGAUUUGAGAUUUAAAGGCUUUUGAGUAGCGAGAUGCUCUGUCACUCAGAGUGCCCCUGAAUACAUUAUAUCCUGCAGUCGCGUGCCGUUCAGGUGUGAUUCUAUUGCGCGGUUAUAACUUCAUUCGAACAUGACAUUAUUAUUGGACAUCGGCGAUACCAUCAUACUUCAGAAAACAAAGAGGUAGAAAGCCCUUCAAUGGCAAUGACUUUUGAGGCAUUUUGACACUGACUACAGCUCUAUCGCUGGUUACUCAUUUGAUCCAUGUAUUCGUGUGUUUCUCGUCGACCACAUCGUUAUCGGUUUUUAACGUGAAAAUUAAGCAUUCCGUGCUAUUGGAGAAGUUGUUUGCUAAAGAUUAGGAAGUUUCUGUGAAGUGUUUCCGUGGACGUGAAUCUACUUGAGUGUAAAUAUCUGCUCGAGCACUGCUGAGUACACGGAAGGAAGCUACCUCAGGCCAACCUUAAUUUCUGGCAAGUUUUUCAUGGUGUUUACCGGCCGAAAAGACGUCAGCUAGAAAGCCUGAUUAGCGGCUGUUCAAAGGCGAAGGCGAUUGAAUCUUCCGAGCCCGUCGUCGAUUUUACCGUCGCCGAUGGCUCGGAAGGAUUGGGGCCCGCCUGAGAAGCUGGAGUAGGUGGUGACUUAAUUCAUUGUGCAAUCGAACUAAUCGUCGUGUGUCGGCAGUGCAAAACCGGGGCCCUCGGGCCAGCCCAGGGAGGAUAGCGCUUGUUCCAAGCCCCUGGAAGCAGAUCCCCCGCCGCCGUAAUUCAACCCCCCACCCCCCACCCCCGGAAAAGCCGGAAAUUGAGAAGUUCAACGACGACUUUGACGACGACGAAGACGCAGACUAUCGUCUUCUAACUAUAACAACGGUCACUUCCACAGCGGCGCUUGUCGCCGCUACUACGAAGACAGUUCGGUCUCUUACUACAACUAUUGUAACUAACAAGACGUCAUCUGUUACGUCUCUCUCACUGCAGCUAGAACAACAAUAUCUAUAACUAUAAAUACCAUUUUUGGUGACUACAAACACUCCUAUUAUAAUUGCUAUUACAACAAGCGUCGUUGCUAUCGUAUCGUCAGAGGAACCACAAAUAAAACUUCGCCGUUGUGCAGGCGUCGCCGUUGCAGACGCCACUAACGCCAGCGGGCGCGCCUACCGGCCGCGAAGAGUGCAUCCGUGACAACACUCACUGUGUCCAACCCUCAAGCGAGGCAUGGCCGCCCAAAGGUACGAAGACUCCAUCUCGCACUAUGGUGCAGGUGGGGCCGUGGACUACGGAGACCCGCGAGGAGCAUCAGGUCUGAUGGCGGGGAGCGGACCAGGAUCUGGCGCUCUCUCUCCUGCACCCGUAGGUGUCGGUGGAUUGCCGUCACCUGCGCCUGCAUACCCUGCCCCCGCCAUGGGCUCUGUGCCGGACGUCCACAAACGCGACAAAGACGCCAUCUACGGACACCCGCUGUUCCCCCUGUUGGCGUUAAUCUUCGAGAAGUGUGAGCUGGCCACAUGUACGCCCCGCGAGCCGGGAGUCGCAGGCGGCGACGUGUGCUCCUCAGAGUCCUUUAAUGAAGACAUUGCGGUCUUCGCUAAGCAGAUCCGACAAGAGAAACCAUAUUACACGCCCAACCCUGAACUCGACAGUCUCAUGGUGCAGGCUAUCCAGGUUUUAAGGUUCCACCUGCUGGAACUGGAAAAGGUCCACGAGCUGUGCGACAACUUCUGCCAGCGCUAUAUUAGCUGUCUCAAAGGCAAGAUGCCAAUCGACCUCGUCAUUGAUGAGCGAGACAGCGGGCCCGGCGACCUGGGCGACGACAGUCACAACGGCGGAGGCGCCAAUGGAGGCGGCCUAGGCGGCGGGGGACAUCACGGAGGGGGUCAUGGAGGAGGUAUGGGCGGACACGGAGGCCAUGGCGGCCAUGGAGGACCCCACCAGGGGGGACCUGGUGGUCGGCCAGACACCGCUGGACACAACAGCACAGACUCGAAUUCUACACCUGACCAAGGCUACGUAAUGGACGACAUCGAGCCGGGAGCCGAGGAUGACAACAGCCCGUAUAGGCGGGCAGUGGGUUCCGCAUGGCAGUAUCCGAAGUACAACAACUCUCGUCCCCCCUCACAGUCGAUUGGAUCGUAUUGUUCGACGGGUGACGACGUACGCUCUCCGUCGGGGUCGGCCGCAGGGACCCCAGGACCAAUUAUGCCCCCGCAGCCUGGAAGCCAACACUCGGCCGACAACAAUUCCGAUGCUGGUGAAUGUCUGUCUUACGGAUACAAGUCACCUCUGAGCACAGGCGACGCUUCGAUCGGCAGCGGCGACGGAACAGGCGAGGAGGACGAGGAGGACAGGAGCGGCGGCGGCAAGCGACGCCAAAAGAAAAGAGGUAUCUUCCCCAAGGUGGCCACCAACAUCAUGCGUGCUUGGCUCUUCCAGCAUCUCACCCACCCCUACCCCAGUGAGGACCAGAAGAAACAACUGGCCCAGGAUACCGGCCUGACCAUCCUGCAGGUCAACAACUGGUUCAUCAACGCGAGGCGGCGCAUUGUGCAGCCGAUGAUCGACCAGUCGAACCGCGCCGGCAUCCAGGAGGGAGGAGUGGGCGUCGGAGUGGCCGUAGGCGGUGUGGGCAGCAUGGGUAUGCCAGGAAUGCCGCCCGGAGCCGCUUAUCCGCCUUCGGCACACACGAUGUCGCAGCUACGCUCUCCCGUCCACUCUCACCAGAUGCUCCUGCCCGGACACCCGCACCCGGCGGCUACAGCCGCCACCGCCGCAGCCAUGAUGAUGGGCCAUCAUCCGGGUCUGGCCGGCGGUGCGCCCUCGCCCUACGACGCAGCCUCCGCCCAGCACAUCAUGGACAUCCACGCCAACUAGGCUUCGACGCCACCGACGCACGACCACCAGCAACAACAGCAGCAUCACGAGCAUGACCAACGGCAACCGCGUCAACAGUUACAUUACGCCGCCGUCGCCGCCGCUAGCACGCCACUCAAGCAGGAGGCCGACUGAAGGACCGUCAACAUCGAAAAGGAAUUGAGGGUGACGUUGAAAUCUCAAUUCAAUGGGAGGAUCCGCGUCGCACAAGGUCCAAUGGUCAACAAGUAACUAUUAGUGCCAUGCGAGCGGUGGUCAUGUACUAACGUGGUUGUACGCAUCUAACAAUAAUACUAACAGCGACAACAACGACGAGAAGAGCAACUGUAAAACAGAGAACAACAAUAGCAGGUGAUAACGAUACAGGUGUACCUCAACAGCAUCAGCAAGACAGGAACGGGCGACCGGUGAACGACCGGUCAGUUCUGACCAGUAGGUCGUCCGAGGCGACCUUAGAACGAAAACGUUGGCAAACAUGUCUGGCGCAGUGCAUAUGCAGUUGUGUGGUUUUUUCGUUCAUGACGUAGAGAUGGUACGUAAGGUUACAAGAAGUGACGCUGUGGCAUAAAAACAACAAGCUUGCGACUGGCCAAAUGUGCUUCGUCCAAACAUGACAAGACGAGGACGUCCUGGCACCGUCAUAACGGAACCGAAAUAACCUGGCUUCCAGUAUAUAGCAACGAAACAAGCGGAGCGUACGAUAAAAUGCAUACGAACAGUCACACGGCGACAGAGAACGUACAACUGAAAGAAAAAGCAGAACGUUAACAGAGAGCUUUUUACCGACGUGUGUACGGAGCGGGUCGCGAGCGAAGAUCGAUUCCUCCGAUUGAUUAUACUGCACUAGUUAAGUGUUGCCUCAUCUUAUAAAAAGGACAAUGAAAUUAAAGGGGCACCAAACAAUGUUGAAGCUGAUUUAGAACGAAGGUAUAUUGGAAAAGGGACCUCGUGGCGGAAUCGAAUUAAAAAGCAAAGAGAAGCAAACGUGCGAAAAUUCGGCUGUUGGCUGACAAUUUUGCAAUGGCAGAGAAUUAUGGGCGAAAACAAUUAUAUAGUCUACAAUAUAGCACUAAAUAGAAGAGGGAUAAAAGACAUCUGAACUGCGGAUCAUCAAGAAAUCACCGACACCCAGGCGCUCUUUGUUCAUCGAUGCCGACCACAGCGAUAGCGGGACGACAGUAAAAUGGGUAACACGUGAAAUCAACUGGCAUUGUCAAACACGUUGAUACGGCUGAAAGGCGAGCGAAAUGGCGGGAAAUUCGAACGAACAACGAAGACUUGACAAACGCGUAUGGCGCCAAACAGUGCGAGGACAGCUGUGCCGGAAUCCGUCGCCAAGACGAGAAAACAUCUUCAAGAAGGGGUUGUGGUGAAGACCGACUGGUCAGCUCUGGCUGGGAACGAGCUUAGUUAGGUAGUCACUUUCACACUACGAGAAGGAGAUCAUCCAAUGGUGAAAACGAAGAAAAUCAGAUAUGAUGAGACGAACGAGCAGAGGCCAAAGGCAUCACUUUCAUUGAAACCUCAUAUUCACAUCAUACCUGUCGUCGUACAGGAUCGAGCGAACGAGAUGGUUCAAUGAUGAUAGUGGUUCGCCGGUGGAGCCACGGGAAAGACAUCCUUUUUUCCGCCGGGGACUGAUCUGAAUUGUCGAUAUAGCAACAGCAUCAACAACAUCAGUACCAGCUAUCAAACACAAAUGAACAAUAAUUGUUUUUGUUAACAACAACAACAGCAGCAGCAACAAUAGUUAUAAUCGUACUUCGUUAGAAGGUCUAGCAGACAACCAGGGGUUAAUACUAAAAAGGAAGUUAUGCUACAACAUCUAAAUAAUGUGUACUGGCAAAUAGUUUCAUAACAUUCCCAUGCGGCACAGGAAAACUAAGGUAGAAUUACUGACGCAUAAGUCGACUUCCACCGAAUCGACUAGCUCCUGUUGUGGAUGAACUUCGACAUCUAUUUACGUUCGUAGAAACAACAAUACCAACAAACACAUAAUGAAUCAGUGACAGCAAGAUACAUUUCCGUGUUUCGGCCGAAGUUUCGGACCUCGCCAAGGCGGUCAUUCAUCCACGUCGUCUACCAACGUGGAGAAUACGUUCCAGAAAGAAAUUCUCAUAUGUUGUCGUCAACGAACUAAACCGUUAGCGAGAAUGGAGAGCAAAUUGAGCGCCAGCAUGCGUAUCAAUGAAAAUGUCCGUGAAGAAGAACGUAUGUGAAACGUAUCUAUUUGUGGAUGAGUGCGUAUGCGCUGAGUACCUCUCAUAUCCCCCAAUAAACACAUACACACACAAAGUGGAAACCAAGCACUAUAAUUGCCUCUAUACUGAAUCUAGGGGUGAUUUUAGUGAGUGUAGUGGACGUGUUUACCGUGGCUAGUAGAUGCUUGGUAAGAAAAAAAUAUAUCAUUGUAGACCCCUCAUAACCCUGCCCCAUUCUCUACACGAAGGUUGAUAUACGGCCAGGUGGUGAUCAUACAGAAUUAAAAGGGUUUGAUGACCGCCCCCGCGUAUCGACCGCAGUACACCCACGACACACCUAAGGGAGCGUGAAUGUUGUCAGCAACAUGAAAGAGAGUGGACUAAUCCUAAAAAGCUAAUUAACAGACAAAAACUGAAAGCAACAAGAAGGAAUUACCAAUUACACUAUAAAAAUAAUUAUAUAAUUACAAUGGAGACGAUCGAGAUUUUUUGUUGGUCUAAAUGCACGUUUGUGUACGUUUGUGUUGUUGUGGCCAACUCCGCCAAGGGGCGUACGUGACGCGAACCCGCGAACCACGAGCCAUGGAGUGCAAUACUGCGACUGAUGAUGAUAAUAUUAUUAAUAUGGAUGAAUACAGAGCAGAUAUAUAGAAACUGAGGAUGGAGAAAACGGAUACACAUACAUUAUAUAAAUAUUAUAUAUAUGUAACGACAGAAAGAAAAUACGAGGAAUAGGCACGUCAAGCAAAAUACACAAGAAUUUAAUAAUUAUUAUUAUUAUAAUAGCGACACACUGAUGAUAAACAUCAAUAAUUAUGAUGAUGAUCAGUUAACUGCGAAGAUGAUCAUAAUGAUGAGAGAAAGCGAGAGAGAAAGAGAAAUGCGAUACAAAACGAUAAUGAGUGAGUCUCAGGUGUCAUUUUUUGCACUGCAAAAUAGAAAUGGACCAAGUUUGAAACAAAAACUUGCGUCCGAUCUCCAUAGCGGUCUUCGACCAGCCCGGCACCUCGGGCUCCUACUAAUAAAUACCAAGAUAACUGGGACACAGCGGGCAGAAAGAUAAACCUUUAAUUGCCGUUCGCUGCUAAACCCACAUCGCGGAAGAAUCCUGGUGAGUGUUUAAGUGAACACAAGCCGAGCUGGUCAACUACGGGCGGGCCGCUUCUAGUUCCCUUCCCUCCAUAUACGUACAUGGAUUCGUUCUACGGCGGAACGCGAUCUGACCGAAUAUCGUAUAGAGGACCUACACGUAUAUAUAUAUAUAUAUAUAUAUAUAUAUAGCUAUUGUUACAUGAUUGGGCUGCUAUGCUAACCAAUAGCAACGAGAUUAACUAUAAUAGAACUCGGUUCACAUCUAGCCUUCGCCUAACACAAAACGCUUACUUAUAUGUAAACAAACUACAAUACCUGGAAAUUAACAUCUCCUUACAUACAUAUGUAAGCGAAGUACACGUAAUUUCAUCCUAUAAGGAGGCCCGAACGCUGAAGCUAAAUAGAUUGAUUGUCGUUGACGGGCUCUCAAAAAUACGGUUCAUUCAAAAAGUAGCUAAAGAGAUAUAUACAUCCAACAAACGUACAUAUACUAUUCGUUCGAAUUCAUCAUUCAAAUUUCCCGCCAAAUCUCUACCCGAUGGCAGCAGAGUACCCUGGAAAGCAAGCAGCCCAAAUUUCUGCUAGGGACAGAAGCAAAACUUGAAAUAGGCUAUGUAUAUUUGUGUGUACCAUAAUAGUUAAAGCAGAGAUACGAUAAUGAUUAUAAUACUAAUAAUGGUAGAACUUAUGAUAAUACGAGGUAAAGGCAAAAACGCUUCGAGCCGAGAUGCCUGAAUAAUGAUAUGAAAAUAAUUCUAGUAAUAAUAAAAGCAGAAAAAUGAGACCGAGCUUGCAAAAAGUAACAAAGAAUAGUGGACGGAUACUGGCGAUAACAGGUAACGGACAGAUGGUGGAAAUUAGGAAGAAAAUAAACAGGAUCCCAAUAUUGAUGUUGAAAAAUGACAAACCAAUUCUACACUAAGAACGAGAGUAACUUACUAUUAUUACUGAUCAUCGCUCCGUUCUACAACGCAGUAGUCAAAUCGCCUAACUUCAAAGGGUCGACUCAACGAAAAAGCAAAUGGCUGAAUGUUAAAAUGAGGUGCGUUUGAACAAGAAGGAAAACAGGGGUUGACGGGGGUAAAGAAAUACGGAAUGGAAAAGGUUUCGACAUAGUAGAGCAGCGAUCGCGCAAAAAAA